UGUGUUAAAUUAAAAAGAAAGUAAAAACAUGACGUUUUCAAUAAAAAUGAUGUUGAAAUAUUUACUUGAAAGUUUGUUAAGGGGAAGCAAACCGUUUCACUGAAUUAACCGGAAGUUUUAUAUACAAAACGCAAAUAUUUUAAUUACAAUUAAAAGCUUCCUAUAUUUGAAACUGACUGAAAUAUGGGACAAGAGAUAUCGCAACAAAAUAAGUGUAACAUAAGCAGUAGCAGCAGUAGACGUCAGCAACAAUCGCACUAUCGGGAAUAUCAGCAUAAAUCGUCGCAAGAGGAACUUGGAAAUUACAAACUGGAACACUUAAGUAAACCGAACGAGAAAUAUACGAAACAUAAGGAAUUAAUUUAUAGCUCAUCGAGCAUUUCGAACUCUUCCUCGACCGACGACGAAUACUAUAAACAUCGCCAAAAAUAUAAUUUGAGUAAACAGAUCUAUGAGAAGAGCAAAAUAUCGAAACAGCUGGGUUCGAGAAAAUCUUUAGAUAGCAGCUCAAUAUCAUCGGAUUAUCAAUUGGGUAAUUUUCGAGAAAAAUCUGACCUUUAUAAAGGUCAAAACGGACGGCAUCAACAUCAACGUAAUAAUUCGCAAAGUAUUGAUAGUGGCAUUUAUUACUCAUCCUGCGUUAGCACACCGACGGGCUUUUCAUCGGCAGCCUCGACAACUAGCGGCGGUGGCACGUCCGUCGUCUCGGUUAAAUCCAGCAAAUCAUUGCAAAAACAAAAAGAUUAUCUUGAUCAUCAUUUAUAUAUUAAAUCGUAUUUGGAUAUUCUCGAAGAAGACGAACGGGCACGCGCCCAGUACAAAGUAGCAAAACCGGGUGGCAUACGUAAUUACACACCGAAAAUAUUAGCUGAAUUGCCGUUAUCGACGAGUGCACCUUUAGCUAACGGCUUUGAUAUAAGCAAGAGGUCUGCAAAAGUGAGUGAAGAUCCUUGGAUUUGACAAUUACAGAAAAAUGGCUCUGGGCGCUAUGGCAGUGUAGAUCCCGAAAAUAAGGUGCAAGAAGCUCAAGUGAUUGGACGUCAAUAUGAUUUUGUAAUAAUAGGCGGUGGCUCUGCGGGGGCAGUAGUGGCCAAUCGUUUAUCAGAGAUGCGAAAUUGGACAGUGUUGCUUUUGGAAGCCGGUGGUGAUGAAACGGAAAUUUCCGAUGUUCCCGCGUUAGCAGCUUAUUUACAGUUAACCAAUAUGGAUUGGCGAUAUCAAACUUCGCCUUCACCUAACCGCCAAUAUUGUCAAGCCAUGAGAGGGGAUCGCUGCUUUUGGCCGCGUGGUAAAGUUUUAGGGGGAUCCAGUGUUCUCAAUGCUAUGGUUUAUGUACGUGGCUCCAAAAACGAUUACAAUAAUUGGGAAUCGCAAGGCAAUCCUGGCUGGGGUUAUGAAGAUGUCUUAAAGUAUUUCUUAAAAUCUGAAGAUGUGCGUAACCCUUACUUGGCAAAAACGCCAUAUCAUGGCACAGGUGGUUAUUUGACGGUUCAAGAGUCCCCGUGGCGUACACCGCUAUCAAUAGCCUUUCUCCAAGCCGGCCUAGAAAUGGGCUAUGAAAAUCGUGAUAUCAAUGGUGAGGUACAAACGGGCUUCAUGAUAACUCAAAGCACUAUAAGGCGAGGAUCUCGCUGCAGUACUGGUAAAGCAUUCAUCCGGCCAGUAAGACUGCGAAAGAAUUUGCAUGUAUUGCUAAAUGCUCAAGCAACACGGAUUAUAGUUAAUAAAAGCAAGCGAGUAACGGGAGUCGAAUAUGUAAAAAAUGGUCAUAGAAAUAUAAUUUUUGUGAAAAGAGAAGUUAUUUGCUCAGCUGGAGCUUUGAAUAGCCCACAACUUUUGAUGCUGUCAGGGAUAGGUCCCGCCGAUCAUUUGCAAGACAUGGGUAUACAAGUGGUUGUCGAUUUGCCAGUCGGUAACAAUCUUCAAGAUCAUGUUGGCCUGGGUGGCUUAACAUUCGUGAUAGAUUCUCCAUUAACAGUGACACGGAAUCGUUUUCAAACAAUACCCGUUUCCAUGGAAUAUAUAUUACGAGAACGCGGUCCGAUGACUUUUACCGGGGUGGAAGGUGUCGCCUUCCUUAAUACAAAAUAUCAAGAUCCCAAUAUUGAUUGGCCUGAUAUACAAUUUCAUUUUUGCCCCAGUUCCGUGAAUUCCGAUGGUGGCGAUCAAGUGCGAAAAGUGCUAAAUCUCAGAGAUGGUUUUUACAAUACCGUCUAUAAGCCUAUACAGAAUUUGGAAACCUGGUCCAUUUUGCCAUUAUUGUUACGUCCUAAAAGCACGGGUUGGGUGCGUUUAAAUUCACGUGAUCCACAACAACAACCGAACAUCAUACCCAAUUACUUCGAUCACCAGGAAGAUAUCGAUGUUUUAGUGGAAGGCAUUAAGUUAGCGAUAAAUGUUUCCAAUACGCAAGCAUUUCAACGUUUUGGAUCUCGUCUGCACAACAUUCCGUUGCCCGGUUGCCGGCAUUUGGAAUUCAACACAGAUUCUUACUGGGCUUGUUGCCUUAAGCAGUUCACAUUUACUAUUUAUCAUCCGACGGGCACAUGUAAAAUGGGUCCCAAUUGGGAUCCUACAGCUGUAGUCGAUUCCCGUCUACGCGUUUACGGUGUUUCCGGUUUACGGGUAAUAGAUGCCAGCAUUAUGCCGUCUAUUGUUAAUGGCAAUCCGAAUGCUCCUGUCAUCAUGAUUGGCGAAAAGGGGGCCGAUAUGAUUAAAGAAGACUGGGGAAUACGUUUCGUUAAUAAAAGAAAUUAGAGCAGCACGUUGUACUCGUUCCCCUUACCAUUCCGCCUUUGUAAAUCUCUAUUACUUUUUUGCUCGGUGUAAAUGUCUUGUUAUUGUAAUUGAAUUUGCCUCCAUAUGAUGCAACUAGUCAAAGUGUAUACAAUAGUUUUGAUGUAAAUAUAUGUAAAUCAUUGUUUUGUUCUAUUUGUUUGGUAUAAAAUCUAUUUAUUUUAAAUUUUCUUUUUUUUAAUUAAUUUUGUACAUCGUUUUAAGACAAAAAUCAAUUAAUUUUUAUCUUAUUGUAAGAUAGUUGUUGUCAGGUAGUUUUAAAAUUAAUUUGCAUUAUAA